UGACAUAGACAGUCUCAAAAGCUGAGAGGUCAGUAAUCCGAGCUAAACGUAAUGAACACUGAACAACUUAAAUGAGGAUGCUGCACAGAGGAAACACGUAUUAGCCAGGUGCAGGGAGCACAGGAGGGGGGAGGCGAGGGGAAGGAGGGAGGCUCAUUACCCCCCUCCCCCCUCCCUCACCGAGAGGGCGGAGCAAAGGGGGGAGAUGAAGAAAGCGGAUGAAACAUUUGAAGCUCAUAUUGACAUGCUGCAGUGAAGGCUCCUGCGAGCACAGACAUGGAUGGUGUGUUGGAGGGAGCGGCAGUGUUGUGUGUAUUUAAACUGGUCUGCAGCGUUCUCUUCCUGCCCUCACUGACGGCCUCCUAUAGUCCUGUCAGCUUCUGCUGCUGCUGCCUUUUGAUCUUCACCGACUUCCUGGUCACAGUUUUCCUAAGUUUCCUUUGUAUCUUUGAGUCAUGGCUGACUGAACUGACCAUACUCGGUGAUGUCAUUGCCCUGCGCUUCCUGCUGUUUCUCAGCCACACAUAUGGUGCAGUCUUGCUCCUGAUCACACCUCUGAUUGCUGUGGAGACUCUGACCAGACUGCUGUGGCCUCACUUCGUCGUCACUCACAGGGCCGUGAGCCGAACAGUGGAUUCUGUUGGAGAGCGUUGUUAUAUUGAGGAGGGAAUCGCGGACGAGGAGGAGGACAGCAACAAUCCAGACAAAGACAAAGACAAGGGGUUGUCUCACGUCGUCGGCUACCUCUGCUGCCUGUCGGUGUGGGUCGCCGUCGCCCUGAAUGUCAGGUGGCGGUGGAAGCUGGAGGAAGACUGGGCUGCGGCCUGCUUGCACACAACCAACUCCCUCAUCAAAUGUUUGCCCAACCUGUUCAGCCCCAUGCCCAGCGCGGUGAAUCCCUGCUGGGGCAUGGCCUUCCUCUCCCUUCUCCUGUUCCUCCUUACCACGAGCAGCGGCGCGCAUAGACGACACCGGGCCCCUGCACAUAUGGGGGACACACACCAAGUGAAACAUGGAGUUAACAACAACAGUUACAGUUGCUGGCAAGACCCAGUUGCAGACCACUCUGCAACCUCCAAACCUGUGAACCCUGGGAUGUCGGUGUCAGAGCCAGCACAGUGUGUUGACCCAGAGAAAACAGAGAGCAGCUGCACUGUUCACAGAGCAUAUUCCUGGAACAUUGUGCAGAUGUCGGCGGAUCACCAUGGAGACUUUGUCCUCAUCUCCCCCGGGUGUUUGUCUGCGGAGAGGGGAGGACAGGAGCACGAAAGGACAAAGAGAGGGAUACCUCUGACAUUUAUCACGGAGGAACACGUGGACUCACAAUACAGGAGCAAGCUUGGGUGGCGACAGUGGGGUUUUCCCUGCCUGGGGGUGAAUGUAAUGAUAGGGUUCGUGGGUGUGCUCUCCAUCUUUGUGCUCCCUCUGAACCUCAGUGUGAACAUUCUUCUGAUCAGGACUAUAGAGACAUUACUGGAGAUGUGUGCCAGAUCUUUAGUCGGAUCUGCAGCAAACACAAGCGACACAUCUGCCUCCCUCAAUGAAACAUUUGUAUAAAACCAAACUGGCUAGAGGCAAAAGUAGAUGCUGAUUGGAGGCGGGAUCACUAGAUUAAUAUUGCAUGUGCAGAGGCAGCAGGUCUACCUGUCAACACUGGUUUGAAUAGAGCAUAAAUAAGCAUUUCUGAGCAGCUAUUCACAUGUGAGGAAUAAUAUGUGGAAACUGCUGAAAGGUGCUGAGGAGGCAGGUUGAGGCGUGCUUUGUAGAAAGACACUAGACCUGACGGAAACAGAUGGCUCGAAGGCCUUCUUUUACUAUUCAGAGCCUUAAGAUAUGCAGCGGUUUGUCAUUACACAAUAGGUUACAGAAUGAGCCUCUCCAAUUUAAACAGGACUAAUCCAGGGGCAAACAGUGUUUUGAAGUAAUGAUCUCAUAAUGAUCAUAAACCCUGAAUAAGGCAAUAAAUAAAUACUGAGUGACAUGGAGGUGUACCACAGGUUUUUGUUUUCCCCUUUUGUAGUUUUGUCUCUGUUCUAUAAAAGGACUUUACUGCUCCUCAGAGGUGGGAAGUAACUAAAUACAUUUACACAAGAAACACAAUUUGGAGCUACUGAACUUUACUUGGGUACUUACAUUUCAUGCCACUUAACAUGUCUGCUCCACUACAUUUAUCUGACAGCUAUAGUUACUAGUUAUUCUUCAGGUUAGGAUUGCACAUAAAAAACAGGAUAUGUUUAUGAAAUACAAUAUCUCUAUUAAACCAGUGGUCCCCCCGCCUUUUUUGCUUGAGAUAAAUAAGCAGUGUCUGGGUGGGGCUCUUUGUCACAUUUAUGAGUUGUCAACAGUUUCACCAAACAGACAUUUCUCCUUCUCAGAUGGUUUCAUUAAAAUAAUUGUUUGAGGCCUAAAGGGGAUGAAUUUAUCCAAUACUUCAGAAAAAUUAGAGAAAAGUACAAACACAAACUUGUAAAGCAGAGCUAAUCAUCUCAUAAUCUCUUGUCUUUUUCAGUCUUUAGUUCAUUAGGGAGACCUGUCCAAUGGUCUGUUUGACCACUUAGCCUACCGUCUGGAAAAGAGCUGCAGAGCAUCUGGGCCUAAAUCCAUUUAUAAACAGAUUUUUAACAUUCACAACUGCAGACUUGACGUAUUGUUCAACUCAUGAUUUAUUAAAAUGUAUCAUUGCAGGUGACUGACUAACUUUUGCUAAAGGCUCAUUAGAAACUCAAGACCCUUUAUUAAUGUCAUACUGACAUGCGUAACCUGAUAGCUUAUAAGAAAGUGCAACACCUUGAGUACUUAUUAAUGGUUUACCAACAUUUAUAACUGCAUCACUACUGAAUAGAAACACACAGCCAUGUUAUAGCCAUGUAAAACACUCAUGCAAGAGUUUAACUUAACCGCUCUUACUAUCAACAUUUCACAUUUACUUAUAUUAUUUUCCUGUGUAUAUUUGUGCUACUUUAAGUUUUGCAUGCGUCUCAACAGUUACACACCUGUGGUUGUCAAUGGUAAUAAUCAGUUUAUAAAUAGAUUUUGGGCCAGAUGCUCUGCUGCUUUUUUUCCAAAAGGUGUGUGUUCAAAUAGACCACUGGAGCGGUCUCCUGAUGAACUACAGAGCUAAAAAGAUGUGUUGUACCGAAGGAGGAUUUUCCACAACUGGCAACCAAAUAUUGUUCUCAUUAAUGGGUUAGAAAUGAUACAAAAAGCUGUAGUAGAUUAUUUUUUAACCAUUAAUAAAGCCAUUUAUCACAUCUUAUAAACCCUUUAUAAAUGGGGCCUUACCCUAUUUUGUUACCUUCAGACAGAGCCAGGAUAGCUGUUUCCCACUCUUUCCAGUCUUUGUAAUAAUUCAUGAUAAACUAAGCUUGACAGCUGCUGGGUGAAGCUUUAUAUUUGCUGUACUGACACGAAUUCAGUGGUAUCAGUCUUCUCAUUUGACUCUCUGAACAAAGGGAAAUAAGCGCCUUCUUUAAAUCACAGGUUCUAUUUUAAAGGCUCCUACUGUUUCUAAUGUAAGAUGAUACAUGCAAAUUCUACCUAGAGACACUGAAAGUAACUAGACAGGCAAAGGUACCGAGGUGCAGCGUUGCCAGAUUUGACAGAGUUGCCCGGUCAGACUUGAAUGUACCCAAACAUUGUAAAAGUAGCCCAGUUUUCACUUUACAGUAGAGGGUUUUGUUUUGUUUUGUUUAAAUAUGAGUACAGUAGUAACAAGAAACAGGAAGUGUAAUGUUGCCGUGGAUUCAGAUUUUUAAGUCCAUAGUUGUUUACAAUUUCAAAAAAUAACACGCUGAAUUCACCAUUAGCAGUUCCUGUUUGCUAUGAACGGUUGGAUACAGUGAAAACAAGCAUCAAUAAAUGACAGAAAACUUUGCUUUGUUUCUCAGACAGGUUCUGGAGUUAUAAGAAGUGUCUUUUUUCAAUGAUUUCUAGGCCUGUUUAUGAACGUUUAUCUGUGAUGGAUAUCGGAGCUAACAACAUCCCUGCACUGUUUACGUCAGACUGAAUCAAAAAAUAUGUGCAUCGUGUGUGUGUGUGUUCAGAUUUGACAAAUGUAUGUCUAAUUUUGGACACAAAUUACAGCAAGUGGGCA